GACAAAGUGAUGGGUGCUGCUCGAUUGGGUGAUAUUGGUACUAUAUAUCAACUCAUCGGAGAGGACGAAGGUGUCUUAAGGCGGAUCAAUAAGAGGGAGUUUGUGGAUACUCCACUACAUAUCGCAUCAGCUGAAGGAAACACUGAUUUCGCCAUGGAAAUGAUGUACUUACAGCCAUCAUUUGCUACAAAGCUGAACAAAGAUGGGUUGAGCCCUUUACACCUUGCCUUGCAAAAUGGGCACACACUAUUGGUGCUUUCACUGCUGAAAAUCAACAAAAGUCUCGUCAGUGUCAAAGGGAAGAUGGGUUAUACUCCUUUCCAUUACUUGGUCAUGAAAGAAACCGAUCGUGUUCUGUUGACUAAGUUUCUCAAUGCUUACCCUGAUUGUAUUCAUGAUGUGUCAAGUCGAGAUGAAACUGCCCUGCAUGUAGCAGCCCACAACAACCCAAGAGCUCUUACAGUUCUACUGCGCUGGCUUAGGAAAACCUCUAAGUGUAGCAUGUUGCAGAAACAACGAAUACUUAACUCCAAGAACAGAGAUGACGAAACUGUGUUGCACAUAGCAGUGUCGAACGACCGACCAGAUCCAGAGAUUAUCAGGCUGUUAACAGAUCUUAGGAUCGACAUUAAAGCUAAGAAUUCGAAGAGUUCAACAGCUUUGGAUAUCUUAAAAGGCCGAACUCAAGGAGACAGUAUCCAUAUCAAGAAUUGUAUGGACAUUUUACGCCAUCCUUGGGGUCUGAAGGCAUCGUCUCGCAAAAUACCAUGGUUUAUUCUUGAGCUGCUUAGUCAAUGGGGAUAUGAAAUAAAAAAUAUGUCAGCUGACAGGGGCAACGCUUUGCUAGUAGUAACAGUACUGAUUCUUACAGCCACUUAUCAAUCCACCCUAAGCCCCCCUGGUGGUGUUCUUCAGGCCAAUGCUGAAUCCAAAGACCAGAAAUUUUCGGGAUUGCAAAUUUACUUAGGUUCCAAAAACGCCAGUGAUCAUGUAGUGGAAAAAAUCGAAUUCAAAGCAAAUAACACUGCGGGUUCAUCAGUCUUGCGGACGCAACCUUUUCUUUGGUUCUUUAUUCCAAACAUGGUGGCUUUCUCUACUUCUUUCCUCCUAACUUGUUUCGUUCUCCUCACUCUCGUUAGUGGUUUCUUCUCGUUCGUUCUCAUGCUAUCCCUGUCGAUGUUACUCUUUUGCCUCCUGGAUUCUGCACUGAUUAUCGUAGCACCAAAUGAUCAGUCCAGCAAAAUUCUUUUUUGUUGUGUCUAUUUCCUCGCCUAUGUCAUCUACCUUGCUAUUGCACCAGUAGUAAUUCCCAAAUUGAGGAGAUUUUUUCGUUAA